CGUGAACCUUUCUGAAUUAAAAUAUCAGGAAAUAAAUCAGUAAAAUUAUACAAUUCCAUUUCUUUGUGUUUUUGAGGAGAAAGCAAGACUGAAAAGAUUAUUAGUAUGUCGGAGGAUCAGACGGCAAAUGGUUCGCAAAACUUACGAGACGAAACAAACAGUUCACCGUCCACUCCUGAAGGUAUGAGAGUAAAAAAUUUAUUUUAUUACUACAUCAAAUGCAGUGAUACAUCUUAGGUCGUACUUAAACAGUCUUUCUAUAUUAAUAUAUUGGGAUUAUUUAUAUUUCGAUUCCCCCAGACUCCAACAAAGUUGGAAAUAGUGCGCAUCGGUAUUCAUUAUUCAUUUAAUGCAGACUCAAGUUUGAUAAGUCUCUUUCAGGAGACAAAUACUCCGAACAAAUAUUUUAAUUAUUGAUACAUGUUCUUUAUCAGAAUCUAGUUUUAGGUUCUAGUGAAUAUGAUCCAAUACCUUUAUCCCUUGAUUUUUUUUUCUUCUUUUUACGUUAUUUUGCUUUGUAAAUUCGCUCAAUUUACACAUGGGUAAUGUGCAUAAAUAUUGAUCCUCGAUAGUAUUUACUUAAGUCGCUUGAUUUCAGAAAGGUUUGAGUAAUUAGUUGAUGAACUUAAAAUAUAUAACUCCCUAGUCUGUCCAUGUUUAAAGUGGAUUACCAUGCAUCGUAUUUCAUGAAGGCUAUCAAUAUCUAUAACGGUCCUAGGAAGGGAGGUUAAUGAUGCCACCAAUAGCGACCACAUUUCUUGUGUGAUAUACCUUUCAUGUAUGUGAACAAGGUGGUUCUGUUGUUAGUUCUUUUCGUCCCAAAGUGAUAUGAUUUUAUUCCUAAGGUCUACAUAGAUGCCCUGAUUUCAAUUUGUACAUAUGGAGAGUUAUUGUUUGAUCGACUUUUUGUGUUACUUCAGUUCUCCCUUUUUCUUAUUUUCACACUAGCAUUUGAUCAAUUCGCAUAAAUAAUACCUAAAUCAUGUUGUUAUUGGUUCUGGAAUUUAUUUAUACAAGAAAUCAGCCGGAGACGCCGUGGGCGAAAGCUUAAUACAGCUGCCCUGGAAGGAGAUUGGGAAGCUGCACAAAGGAUCUUCGCAAGUGAUGAAAGUAUGAAGACCGCAAGACUCAACGACCAGCAACGGACAGCGUUGCUGCUCGCGGCAAACCACGGGAAGUCGCAAUUUGUGUUGAAGCUAGUAGAGAUGCUUAGUAGCCAAGACCUGGAGAUGGUGGACCACCGAGGCUUCAAUGUUCUUCAUGACGUGGCGAUAUGUUCCAGCGUCGAGGCUGCAAAGGCUAUCGUCGCGAAAAACCCUAGUUUGCUUUUGUCCAAGGCAGAUGGCCGUUUUAUACCGCUGUUUUACGCGGCUCGACAGCGACUUCCGUCAAAGAGUAGCGAAAUGUUGCGAUACCUUUAUAACGUGACGUCACCGAUUUUGGAUUUGAACCGGGAUGAAACAGCUCCGGAACUCUUGGUGGCACUGACGAAUUCAGGAGCUUAUGAUAUUGCUCUGAAAAUCAUCCAAGAAUAUCCCGAGUUAGCUCUCAAACCAACCACCGAUGGACUGACUAUCCUCUAUGCCCUUGCUUCCCAACCUUCAGCUCUUUUAAGGGGAAACAAAAUCCCUUCUACAUGGAAGAGCAAAAUUUAUCCAUGGAUGAAAAUUGUCACAGAAGAGCAGCGAAAGCACAAGGAUGCAUUAAAACUAGUUGACUUCAUUUGCGAUCAAUUACAAAAAAAAAGCGAUGAAGACAUCCUUGACUACUUCAUGCCCAGUAAUUCCACAUCUGUUUUGGAUAUAGGCAUCCGAAAUGGCGCAUUCGAUCUCGUAAACACGUGCAUACGAAAUUUUCCGGAGUUGAUUUGGUACAAAUUUCGCAGCACCGAUGGUGACAGCGAGAACUUAUUUUUACUUCAUGUUGCGGUUAAGCACAGGCAGGCAGAGAUAUUUAACUACGUACUGUAUUUGAUUGGGGAGGAUGCUGGACGACCUUUUUCACGCGCAAGUGAUAUAGAAAGUAACAAUAUCCUCCAUUUGGCUGCGAAUUUGGCACCUAUUCUUCAAUUACACUCUGUCCCUGGUCCUAUUUUUCAGAUGCAAAGAGAAUUACAAUGGUUUCAGGCUGUGGAAGCAAUAGUUUACAAUGACCAGAUGGUAGCAAGAAACAAAUCCUACAAAACUCCUCUAGAAAUUUUCUAUGAUAAGCAUGAUGCUUUGAUGAGGGAUUCAAAAAUUUGGAUAAAAGAUACAUCCAACUCAUGCAUGGUGGUGGCAGCCCUAGUUGCGACAGUUGCCUUUACGUCGUGUAUCACCGUGCCCGGCGGCCUUAAAAACGACACCGGAAAUCCGGUCUUCUCCAAGAAGGCAGUGUUCACUGUGUUUUCCAUAUCAAAUGCAUUGUCAAUGAUAAGUUCAGCAACGUCACUCUUGUUGUUCCUGUCGCUUCAAAUGUCAAGGUUUACCACACAUGAUUUCUUGAAGUCGUUGCCGAAGAAUUUGCUCCGAGGACUUUUUGCAUUGUUUGUUGCGGUGGCCACCAUGAUGAUAGCUUUUGGAAUGGCGAUUGGAAUAACACUCCAACAUAAGGUUAGUUGCUUUUACAUCGCCAUCAUCGGUGUUGUAUGUAUCCCACUUGUGACCUUCACUAGUUUGCAGCUUCCUCUACUCUUUCAAGUCCUAGAUGUCACAAAGAGAUCGGAACGUUUCAGGCCUUAUUAGAUUAAUAACCAUACUUUAUGUAUUAGAUUAAUAACCAUACCCAUUCUUUGAUUCUUUAAGGGAGCAUUGUUAGAUUCCAUAGUAAUCCUGAGCUCCAUGGUUUUAGACGUGAAAUGCUUCUGGCAUUAGAAUGGUGGAAAAAUAAAAAAAAUAAAAUAAAGUAAAACCUACUCCAAGGCAGAGUUCAUCAGUAAGAGUGAUGGGCUAUGAUGUUGAAUUUCCACUUCUCUUUCUUCCGUUUCAUUUAAUUGAGUUGCCAGCAG